AAUAUUCAGUUCUGACUAAGAACAUGGUCGUCUGCAUUGCGAGACUUGCAUUAUUCACACUUGGUAUUCACACACACAUCUUUACAGCCCAGUGGAUGAUGCUGGACCAGAGAGCGGGUCCAGAAGGGCCGCUUCAGCGCCGCACACACUCAACCCUCUCCGCGCACUAACUGACGUAUUUUGCGCAUUUCCUGGACCAGCCUUCAGACACACACAGUCAGGAGAAAAAAAGGCAGGUCUGCAGGAAACUGAGUACCGACGGUCAAACAAGAAUCCUGUGAGAAGCAAGCGAGUACGGAACCUUGAAAACACUCGUCCACGUUCUCCAGUCUGGGGGGAUCGAACGACGCUUCGCGGGGAUAACUUUCCCCCCAAUGCGCGGAGGAGACGCAUCCAGCAGCGCUCCAGUCAGACGAGGGAACAGGCUCACCCUGAGGAGAUCCAGCAUAUAUUUCUGGCAUAUUUUGAGGUGUGGAAUGCUGGUCGUAUCGGUGCUGACACACCGUAGCUCUGCUUUUUCGCUCCAACUUGCAUUGACUGCCUACAGGGGUGUUUGGACAGCUUCAAGAUCACAUGCAGGUUAUGCGUAGGUCACAGCAAUAGAUUUCCUCUCUGUCUGGACCUUCUACGCUUUGCAUGCAGAUCCACGAGGACGACGAAGGGCAUUUUGCCGUUGUUUCUUAAGGAGAAACAAUCCAGAAAUCAAACCGGUGGACCGUGACACACUGGUUGAAUAAUUAACCAGGCGCUGAAGUGGAAUAUUCGUACUUAAAGCUCUCGAAAGUGGCCAUGGUGGUCUUUAACGGUCUGCUGAAGAUUAAGAUCAGCGAGGCUUUGGACCUGAAGCCCACAGCCUGGUCUCUGAGACACGCCGUCGGCCCCAAGACGCAAACCUUCCUGCUGGACACGUACAUCGCACUCAACGUUGAUGAUUUUCGCGUGGGUCAGACCUCGACCAAGCAGAAGACCAACAGUCCCGUCUGGCAAGAUGAGUUUGUAACGGAGGUGCACGACGGUCGGAAGAUCGAGCUGUCGGUGUUUCAUGACGCGCCGAUUGGCUACGACGACUUUGUAGCAAACUGCACCAUUCAGUUCGAGGAAUUGCUGCAUAACGGCAGUAAACACUUCGAGGACUGGAUAGACUUGGAGCCAGAGGGGAAGGUCUUUGUCAUUAUCGACUUGUCCGGAUCAUCGAGUGAAGAUAACCUUCCAGAUGUGCCUCUAUCACGAACACUUGCUUUGGCCCAAAUCCUAUCAUACCCCUGCCUUCCCUGGAUACACAUCAGAGAUGGCCCACAUCAAGAGCUCCUUCAUCCUCUCGGCUCAACUCCUGCUCCUGGAGGCAGAACAUGUGAUCACUUGCCUCUCACACUGAUCUAGAUGCUGCAUAUCAAACAUCUCCUCGUGUCUACACAGACCUUGUGUCUGCACCAUCAGUGGUGGAAUGGCAGAGUUUGCAAAACUGUUAGCCAGGAAUUUCUCCAGGAAUAGUCAUACGAAGAGAGGCAAGCAAUUGUCAUGUUUUGGAAAGGCAUAUGUUGUAUUUUGAAUGGUUAUCCCUGAGAAAAGAUGCAACCAAUCAUCUUAGCUAGCAAAACCCAAGAGGUUUAAUAAAACGGGAAAGAGUUAACCCAUGUCAGUGCCUGUAGCUCGGGUGUUACGCAAGUGGCACAAUAUGUUAACAAAGCUAAACAUGGUUAAAUUAAAAAUUUCCUUUAAUUUUUUUUUUUAUUAGCAUUCGGUUACCAAGCCAAA